CGCAACCGCCAUCACCACGGACGCGACACGGCCCAUUGGUAGCAGUCGUCGGCCACCACUCGACACAAUGCCUCAUUUGGAGCCUGAUGGGCCGUUAACCAAGCGCCAGAGGACCGAUGCCGUCGUCAAGGCGCGCAAAACGGCCAAACGAGGCUCGGCCAUUUUCGCCCCGUUCCGAACCAUCGGCCUAGUCUCUCCCACUGCCGUCCCCUUCACGUCCAUUCCCCUCGGCAAGACCACCUUUCAGGUCACAACGUCGGUCGGUCGCGCCCUGCAGACAUACGACCUCAAGCGCGGCCUCAACCUUGUCUUCGUGACCCGCCCUCAAACGCCUGCCGACAUCACCGCCACCUAUGCCUGGAAGGAGAAGGUUUUCGCCGCUUGGGGCGACCCUCGCUCCGGCGAGCCCCAGGGGCUGUGGGCCUUUCAGCGCGGCAAGAAGGCGGCCGAACUCCAGCUCCCCGCCGACUUGGAUCAGCCGAUCAAGCAGAUUCUCAUCUUCGGCUCGUGGAUUGUCGCCUGCGCCCUGACCAGGAUCGAGGUGUGGAAGUCGUCCACACUGGAGCAUUACACCACCAUCUUCACCGCCGCGGCCAAGAAGGGUGCCAACGAGAUCACGGGCGGCGUGUGCAACAUGCCCACGUUCCUGAACAAGAUCUUUGUCGGCCGAAAAGACGGUUGGGUGGAGAUAUGGAACAUCAGCACCGCCAAGCUGAUCUACACCAUCCUCCCGCCAAGUCCCGACUGCGGCGCCGUCACAUGCCUCCAGCCUUCCCCAGCCUUGUCCCUGCUGGCCAUCGCCUACUCGGAGGGCCCGCUGGUGAUCCAGAACGUGCUCACCGACAAGCCGGUACUCCAGCUGAAUGCGGGGACCGAGGACGCGCCGGUUACGUGCAUCUCGUUCCGAACCGACGGCCAGGGAGCCGGCCAGGAUGGGCGAAAGGACGGCGUCAUGGCUACCGCAACCGGCGUUAGCGGGGAUGUUACCUUCUGGGACCUCAACAAGGGAGGGAGGAUCAUGGGAGUUCUCCGGAGCGCGCACAACCCCCCCUCGUACAACAGGGACGUCCGUGGGGGCAUCAGCAAGGUCGAGUUUCUCCCUGGGCAGCCCGUCAUCGUCACCAGCGGCCUGGACAACUCGCUCAAGUCGUGGAUCUUUGACGAGUCGCCCUUCUCGCCCGUUCCGCGGAUCCUACACAUGCGCAGCGGCCAUGCGGCCCCGGUCCGUUGCCUGCAGUUCCUGCCGUCGGAUUUUGACGGUGCCGAGGGCGGCAACAAGUGGCUCCUGAGCGGCGGGCGCGACAGGAGCCUGUGGGGUUGGAGUCUGCGCCGCGACGGGCAGAGCGCCGAGCUCAGCCAGGGCGCCCUCCGCAAGAAGGCCAGGAAGGUCGGCAUCCUGGCCGGCAGCUCGCUCUCCCACGGCCCAACCACCACCCUGGACGACCUCAAGGCUCCCGAGAUCACCUGCAUCGCCUCGUCGCUCAACCGUGACGGCGGGAUGGGCGCCAUGCCGGGGAAGCAGGUGAUCUGGGACAAGGGUAACGACAAGACCAAGCUCUCGAGCGCCGAGCUCAGCGGCAUGACCGGGUGGGAGAGCGUCGUGACGGCCCACAAGGACGAUCCGUGGGCACGCACCUGGUUCUGGGGCAGGAGACGGGCCGGUCGGUGGGCCUUCAAGACGGGCGACGGGGAGGCCGUGUCGACCGUCGCUAUCAGCCCGUGCGGCAGCUUCGCGCUGGUCGGCUCGAGCGGAGGCAGCAUCGACAUGUUCAACCUGCAGUCGGGAAGGCACAGGCAGCGUUUCCCCUCGAGGCUGACACCGGCGCAGCUCCGACAGCUGAAGAUGCAGCAGCUGAAGGCGCUGGACGAGGUCAACAAGCUGCAGUCGCGGGCCCGGAAGACGUUCGCCCCGGGCACGGGAAGGCACACCAAGGCGGUGACGGGCAUCGUGGUCGACUCGCUCAACCGGGCCGUCAUCUCGUGCUCGCUCGACGGCAAGAUCAAGUUCUGGGACUUCGUGACGGGUAACCUGGUAGACGAGAUCGACUGGGCGCCGAUGAUCAAGAUCACGGCCUGCCGGUACCACGCGGGUAACGACCUCGUAGCGUUCGCCUGCGACGACCACUCCAUCAGGGUGGUCGAUAUCGAGACGAAACAGACCAUCCGCGAGCUCUGGGGCUGCCGCGGCGACAUCACCGACUUCUGCUUCUCCAACGACGGCCGCUGGAUCGUCGCCGCGUCGCGGGACUCCAUCAUCCGCGUCUGGGACCUGCCCACCAGCCACCUGAUCGACGCCUUCCGGCUGGAAAAGCCCUGCACGGCGCUGGCCUUCUCGGCCACGGGCGAGUACCUCGCCGGCGCCGUCGAGGGCGACCUCGGGGUGCAGCUGUGGACCAACCGCACCCUCUUCAAGCACGUGCCGACGAGGCAGAUCUCGGACAAGGAGAUCGGCCAGAUCGCCGGCCCGACCGCGUCGGGCGAGGGCGGCCAGGGCCUGAUCGAGGCGGCGUUCGAGGGCGGCGGGGAAGGUGGGGCGGCGGAGGAGGAGGAGGAGGAGGGGGAGCAGGACGACGGCGUGACGGCGCCGACGAUCGACCAGCUCAGCGCCGACAUGGUGACGCUCAGCCUGGUGCCCAAGAGCCGCUGGCAGACCCUCCUGCACAUCGACCUGAUCAAGGCGCGUAACAAGCCCAAGGAGCCCCCCAAGGCGCCCGAGAAGGCGCCCUUCUUCCUGCCGUCGGUGGGCGCUGCCGCCGGCGCCAGCGCCAGCGGCCUGGCGGCCGGCUCGCUGGUGCCGCUGGCGGACGAGGCCAAGAAGCAGGCCGAGGCCCAGGGCUCGAGGCUGACGCGGCUGGAUCGGAUGCGGAACCAGCAGGCGCUCACGUCCAAGCUGCUCGCUUGUGGCGCGUCAGGGGACUACACGGAUUUCCUCGAACAUCUCAAGUCCCUCGGGCCGUCGGCGGCCGACCUCGAACUGCGCUCGCUCUCGGUGGGCGACGGCAGCGACGAGACCAACGAGCUGCUGCAUUUCAUUCGGGCGCUGACGAGCCGGCUCAAGUCGAGGCGCGACUACGAGCUGACGCAGGCCUGGAUGACGGUGUUCCUGCGGCUGCACUUCGACCUGGUCAUGGCCAACGAGUCCCUGCUACGGGCCCUGGCCGAGUGGAAGCAGUAUCAGACCAAGGAACGGGAGCGGUUGGAUGACCUGGUCGGGUACUGUGGCGGAGUUGUCGGGUUUUUGAGGAGUCCGCGGACCUAGGGUUAUUAUUUGAUCCGGUUGUUUAUUUGUCGUCGUUUUAAAACGGAGUAUCAAACGAGGAGGAUAUCAAGCCGUCUUCUGAACGACAAUGCAAUUGAAACCGCUAUCUCGAUCAUGCGAGGAAUGUCUAUUCAUCUAAAUCUAGAAUUGCUAUUACGAAAGCAUAUCGCUUUAAAAUCUACGAUAUGCCUCGCAUUUCCCCCGGGG